GACUCCCCCUCACAAAUAAUAUAACCUCAGUCCUCUGGGUCUAGCUGGCUGGAUUUUCUUAGAUUAAUUUGGUCAACAAGAUAUUAUAGUUAUCAUCUUCUUCAGCGCAUUUUCGCGUUAUAAACAGGCUGUAAAAAUGCCGAAGAAGAAGACAGGUCAAAGGAAAAAAGCAGAAAAACAAAAACUGCGACAGAAGGAAAUUCGUACUGCUAAAGGUCAAAUUGAUUUGGCAAAAUUUCCUUGCAAUGCAAUAAUGGAAUGUGACAAGUGCAAUAGGAAGCAAAAGAGUAGAGCAUUUUGUUACUUCUGCCAGAACGUUCAGCGUCUACCCAUAUGUGCUCAUUGUGGCAAAGUGAAAUGCAUGUUGAAAACCGGAGAUUGCGUUAUUCGACAUGCAGGCGUAUUCACUACAGGCCUCGGUAUGGUGGGUGCAAUAUGUGAUCAUUGUGAAGCAUGGGUAUGCCAUGGACGUCGAUGUCUCACCUCUCACGCCUGUAGCUGUCCACUGAUGGAUGCAGUCUGUCAAGAAUGUGAGAGAGGUGUUUGGGACCAUGGAGGCAGGAUAUUUAAAUGCUGCUUCUGCGACUGCUUUUUAUGUGAAGACGACCAAUUUGAGCAUCAAGCGUCAUGCCAAGUUUUGGAAUCGGAAAGCUUCAAAUGCCAGUCCUGUAACAAACUCGGUCAAUACUCUUGCUUAAGAUGUAAGACGUGUUACUGCGAGGAUCACGUUCGUAGGAAAGGUUUCAAGUAUGAAAAGAACAAACCAAUUCCUUGUCCAAAAUGUGGAUAUGAAACUUCUCAGACCAAGGAUCUUAGUAUGUCCACAAGAAGCCAUAAAUUCGGUCGACAAAAUCAAGGGGGAACUUAUGAUUCUGACGAAGAGGGCAAUGGAUAUGGUUACUAUGGUAGUACAGCUCAUAGCUACGGAGAUGAAGUUGAGGAUGACGAUGAUGACGAGGAGAAUGAUACUUCUGGAGAAGAUGAAGAGGAAGAUGAAGAUGAAGAUGAAGAUGAGAGCUCAAAUGAUGACGAAGAAAAUACUCCUCAGUCUGAUUCCAAAGGCGUUACAUCUGAUCAAAAAGGCAGCAGUUAGCUGAAGAUCUGUAGGUACUUACUUAAGUAUAAAGAUCAUUUGUGUUAGAGAUGGGACAAUUUGGAUGCAUUGAAAGGAAGAAUGUCUAUUUUUCACGUUCAGUUAUUGAUUUCUUACAAAUGUUUUUAAUAGUCGACAAAUAAAUCGUAACGAUAUAUUAUGCCACUCAAAUGGAACUUGGUCGUGCCUCUACGAGUAGUACCAUGCAUAGCAUCAUUGCAUAUUUUCCUGAAUGGUGACUGAAGAUAGGUAUUGUAUUCCUACAGGUGUGGAAACAUAUGUACCUACUCCAACGAUGUAAUAAAAUGAAUCUUAUGAUCUUUA